CUACCGACUCUCCCGCUCUCCCGGGAGCCUGGGGAGCCCUGGGGCGUCCCCUACCUGACCGGGAAGCUGGGCUCUCGCCCCGGGGUUGUCCGGAGGGGGCUCCAGCAGGGGGCGCCCAGAGCCCCGUCCCGCGCAGUCGGGCGCGCCUCCAGCCGGCGCCUGGGACGGGGCUGGCCGCUCCGCCCCCUCGGCUCCUCGGCUGCUCAGCGGGCGGGCGCCGGGCGCUCUGGGAGGAGAGGACUGCAGGGCCGAGCCCAGCUCACCCCGCCGUGUCCCCAGUGCCCGCCGUGCCCGCCGCGGUUGCCGCAGCGCAGCCUCCCGCCGGUUGUAUGUUCGAGGCCUCAAUGAGGAGCCCAAACAUGGAGCCAUUCAAGCAGCAGAAGGUGGAGGACUUUUAUGACAUCGGAGAGGAGCUGGGGAGUGGCCAGUUUGCCAUCGUGAAGAAGUGCCGGGAGAAGAGCACGGGGCUUGAGUAUGCAGCCAAGUUCAUCAAGAAGCGGCAGAGCCCGGCGAGCCGGCGCGGUGUGAGCCGGGAGGAGAUCGAGCGGGAGGUGAGCAUCCUGCGGCAGGUGCUGCACCACAAUGUCAUCACGCUGCACGACGUCUACGAGAACCGCACCGACGUGGUGCUCAUCCUUGAGCUAGUGUCUGGAGGAGAGCUCUUCGAUUUCCUGGCCCAGAAGGAGUCACUGAGUGAGGAGGAGGCCACCAGCUUCAUUAAGCAGAUCCUGGAUGGGGUGAACUACCUUCACACAAAGAAAAUUGCUCACUUUGAUCUCAAGCCAGAAAACAUUAUGUUGUUAGACAAGAAUAUUCCUAUUCCACACAUCAAGCUGAUUGACUUUGGUCUGGCUCACGAAAUAGAAGAUGGAGUUGAAUUUAAGAACAUUUUUGGGACGCCGGAAUUUGUCGCUCCAGAAAUUGUGAACUACGAACCCCUGGGUCUGGAGGCUGACAUGUGGAGCAUAGGCGUCAUCACCUACAUCCUCCUAAGUGGAGCAUCCCCUUUCCUGGGAGACACGAAGCAGGAAACACUGGCAAAUAUCACAGCAGUGAGUUACGACUUUGAUGAGGAAUUCUUCAGCCAGACGAGCGAGCUGGCCAAGGACUUCAUUCGGAAGCUUCUGGUUAAAGAGACCCGGAAACGGCUCACAAUCCAAGAAGCUCUCAGACACCCCUGGAUCACGCCGGUGGACAACCAGCAAGCCAUGGUGCGCAGGGAGUCUGUGGUCAAUCUGGAGAACUUCAAGAAGCAGUAUGUCCGCCGGCGGUGGAAGCUCUCCUUCAGCAUCGUGUCCCUGUGCAACCACCUCACCCGCUCGCUGAUGAAGAAGGUGCACCUGAGGCCAGAUGAGGACCUGAGGAACUGUGAGAGUGACACUGAGGAGGACAUCGCCAGGAGGAAAGCCCUCCACCCGCGGAGGAGGAGCAGCACCUCCUAACUGGCCUGGCCUGCAGUGGCUGCCAGGGAAGUCUGGGCCCAGCGGCGCUCCCUUCUGUGCAGACUCUUGGACCUAGCUCAGCACCAGCACCCGGCGUCCUGAGCACUUCGCAAGAGAGGUGGGCCCACAGAAUUCAGAAGAGCUUGCAGGCAAGCCGACCCUGGGAGCUGUGGCUGUCUCCUGUGGAGGAGGCUCCGACUUUCCCAAAGCUCUUAAUUCUCCAUAAAAUGGGCUUUCCUCUGUCUGCCAUCCUCAGAGCCUGGGGUAGGGGUGUGGACUUAGGAAAACAAUAUAAAGGACAUCCUCAUCAUCACGUGGUGAAGGUCAGACUCAGGCAGCCUUCCUCACAGGCUGAGGGGGUUCAGAACCAGCCUGGCCAAAAAUUACACCAGGAAGACACAGUCCUCCCUACUGGGAACAGGGUGAUUGAGGAAAGUGAACCUUGGGUGUGAGGGACCAAUCCUGUGACCUCCCAGAACCACGGAAGCCAGGACGUCAGGCUGACCAACACCUCAGACCUUCUGAAGCAGCCCAUUGCUGGCCCACCAUGUUGUAAUUUUGCUCAUUUUUAUUAAACUUCUGGUUUACCUGAUGCUCGGCUUCUUUUAGGGCUACUCCCAUCUGAUUUCCUUUAGCCCGUGUGCCUGUGACUCUGGGGGGGCACCCAGUGGGGUGCUGAGUGGACAGAAUCUCAGAAGGUCCUCCUGAACUGUCCCCGCAGGCCUGCAGUGGGCCUGCCUCCUUCUUGCUUCCCUAACAGGAAGGUGUCCAGUUCAAGAGAAUCCACCCAGAGACUGGGAGUGGUGGCUCAUGCCUGUCAUCCCUGCGCUUUGGCAGUCCAAGGCAGGGGAAUUGCUUGAACUCAGAAGUUGGAGACCACUCUGGGCAACAUGGCAAAACCCAGUCUCUACAAAAAAUACAAAAAAUUAGAGGUGUAAUGGUAGGCACCUGGCGUCCCAGCUACUCCAGGGGCUGAGGCAAGAGCAUUGCUUAAGCCCAGAAGGUCGAGGCUGCAGUGAGCUGAGAUCACAUCCCUGCACUCCAACCUGGGUGACAGAGAGAGACCGUAUCCAAAAAAAAAGGUUGCCAGAGACGAGCAUGCCCGUGCUCCCUCUACCUCACUGCCACCACUCCUGCUGUCAGGGGCUGAGUGUGUCUCCCUAAAAUUCCUAUGUUGAAGUCUUAACCCUCGGUACCACAGAGUAUCACUGUAUUUGGAGAUGGGGGCUUUAGAAAGGCACUUAAAUUAAAAUGAGCUCACUGGUGUGGGCCCCGAUGCAAUAUAAUUGGUGUCCUUAUAAGAAGGGGAGGGUAGGACAGGCAGGAAAGGCCACACGAAGGCCCAGGAGUGGGAGGGGGAAUAGCCAUGAACAAACUAAGGAGGGGGCUCAGAGGAAACCAACCCUGCUGACACCUCAGUCUUAGACUCUGGCCUCAAACAUAGUAAGAAAAUAAACUUCUGUCUUUUAAGCUA